UGCAUUGGACAUGCCGUGUUGAUUGCUGACGGUUGUGGUGAUUCUGUGAUCUGUGACUGUGUGUUGUGAUGUUGCUGGGAGCAAUGCCCGAAGACAGUGCCCCUGCGGGACUGUUGGUGCCCACGGCGAAGAGCCAGAGGGCCACGGACUUCUCCAUCGCGGCGAUUAUGGCGAGAGGAGCAACUCCGCCGCCGGACGGCGAGGCGCUGGUGGCUAGGGAGGUGCCCGCCGACGGUGGUAUGUCCCGAGUCAGUUCUCCUGACAUAGAGGACCCCCUAGAAGACGAUGAUAUAGAAGUCGACGUAGAAGAGUGCUCCGACAGCGAGUCCUCCAGAACGGCAAAGCCUAAAUUGCUAAGGCAGAGCCCGGCCAUCUCAGACUGUGGCUCGGAGCCGGCGGACUUAGACCGGGAAUCGCCCGAUAUCGUGGCCGAGAAACCGGCCACGCCAAAGGCGCAAAAGAUUCUCUGCAACUGCGAGGAGUUGCUGAACGUCGAAUGUCACCUGGAGACGAAGGAUCUGUGGGACAAAUUCUUCGAUCUGGGCACGGAGAUGAUCAUCACCAAGAGCGGGAGGAGGAUGUUUCCCACCCUGAGAGUCUCCUUUACCGGGAUCAGAACCGACCAGCGUUACGCGGUGCUUCUGGACGUGGUACCGGUGGACAACAAACGCUACAGAUACGCGUACCAUCGAUCGUCGUGGCUGGUGGCGGGCAAAGCAGAUCCUCCCGCCCCCAACAGAUUGUACGCUCACCCGGACUCUCCUUACUCCGGGGAACAGCUGAGGAAGCAGGUGGUUUCCUUCGAGAAGGUCAAACUCACCAAUAACGAAAUGGACAAGAAUGGACAGAUCGUAUUGAAUUCGAUGCAUCGAUAUCAGCCCAGGAUUCACCUGGUGAAAUGGCGUGAACAUUCAGGCCCCAUCACAGACCUGGAACAAGAACAGUACCGUACUUACAUAUUUCCAGAGACGGUCUUCACGGCAGUUACGGCAUAUCAGAACCAGCUCAUCACCAAGCUGAAAAUCGAUUCCAACCCCUUCGCGAAGGGAUUCAGGGACUCCUCGCGCCUCACCGACUUCGACAGGGAACCGAUGGACAGCCUGUUCAUGGACCAGCACUUCCUGCGCUCUUCCCUCCGCCUUUACUCCGGAGACCCCCUGGACGCCGAGAACAACAACGCCAGCUCCUUCUUCUCGGCGGCUAUGAUGGAAAAAGCCCGCGCCCAGAUUCAGAUGUGGGGUCGUGCGGGUGCCGCAUACAACCCCAGCGAACUACACGCCUUCCUGCUGAACAGCGCCCCCAGCCAACAGGUCUACCUGGGGCAGCGCUCCACGGUCCCUCUGGGCAUCCCCAGCCAGCUAUGGCCCCAGAGCGGGUCCUCGUGGCAAUCCCCCAUGCACAGCGGUUUACCACCCGGAUUGUUGGGUCCCCCCACCUCGCACAGACCCCAGCUCACCCCUCCCCCUUCAUCUACCCCUAGCUCCUCUGGUUCUCCCUCCCCCACGUCCAUCAGUACCUCUUCGGAUUUAAGGUUGCCCAAAGCGAUUUUUCCUUCGACGAUGCACCACCGGUUUAGCCCGUACGCCUCGUCGUUGCCCAGGCCUAGCGGGUCGUCCCCGUCGAGGCCUUCGCACUGAUGGUAGGGACUUUUUGGCGCUAGGCCAGGAUGUAACCAAAGAGUCUUAUAGGGACGUUAAAUGUGAAAUUAUAUACUUGUAAAUAGGUAUUUAUAGUCGGAGUAAUUUAUUAUAUAUGUAAAAAUCAAUGGGAGUAAGUUCUGGUAGUAAGUGAUAUCGUCUCAUAAGUAUGUGUAGUUAUAUUUUGUACGAGAGCAGUAUUAAUGUAAAUAUUUCGUUACGUGUAUCUUUGACUCUUGACCUUGAACGCUGUGCGUUGAAAUUUUUCGGAAAUUAUGUAUUUUCGGAUAUUUUAACUUGGCGGAACAGAUCAAGCGGGCAAUGUCGUACCAAAUUCCUUUAUUUCAAAAAGUAUACCGUCACUGGCGUCGUUUCUUUUAACCUUCUUUGUUUGGACGUUUCUCAACGACUGUUACGUUGAAAAGGAAUCUUUGUUGUGUAUAUAU